AUGUCUUCAAAGCGUGCGCGGAAAGCGAACCCAUACUUGGAUAUCGAGGCUAUCGUCGACAACGAGGAGGAGGAGGAGGAGGAGGAAGAAGAAGAAGAGGAGGAGGAACUGGCCGAGUUGCUCGCCGACGUCCAACGCACUCAACAAGCUCGGGCGCGUCUUGAUAAUGCAUGUGUCAGCGAUGAUGCUGCUGAUGCAGAAGCCAUGGCUCAGUCUAUUACGGAGAGAGACAUGGCGGCUAAAUGUGCAUAG